GCUCCAUAAAUGAUGUCGUCGAGUCAUCAAUGUCCAGGCUAUAUAAUAAGGCGGCUGUAUCCCGUAUCGUUCAAAGCAUUGGGAACUGCUCGCAUAGAUACGAUCGCUGCCAGUGGUUGACGUUAAUCGACGGACCUGUCGCUUUCCGAAGUGCGGCCAUCCGACUGACCUGUUCCUUCUCGUCAAUGGGCUCCGUGGAGAGCUUGUCCCCGGACAAGCGAGCCGUUUUCUUCUUCGACAUUGACAAUUGUCUUUACGCCAAAAGCCGGAAUGUCCACGACUACAUGGAGAGGUUGAUAAAUGAGUACUUCGUUAAGCAUCUCGACCUCAGUGCCGAAGACGCGGAGCGCCUCAGCCAACAGUAUCACAAGGAUUAUGGCCUGGCCAUAGAAGGGCUGGUGCGGCAUCACAAGAUCGACGCAAUGGAUUUCAACCGCAAAGUGGACGAUGCAUUGCCCCUGGACGAACUUCUCUCGCCGGAUCCGGAGAUCCGACAAAUAUUGGAAACGUUUGACAAGUCCAAGGUCAAGAUGUGGUUGCUGACCAAUGCUCACAUCACGCAUGGCCGGCGUGUGGUCAAACUGUUGGAAAUUGAGGACCUUUUCGAGGGCAUCACUUACUGCGACUACUCGGCGGAGCGACUGGUUCCCAAGCCACAUCCAGAGAUGUACGCGAAGGCCGAACGAGAAGCCGGGGCCACACAAGACACUGCUAUAUAUUAUGUGGACGAUGCUUACUCGAACUGUCAAGCGGCGUAUGCUCGAGGAUGGGCUAACACGGUGCACCUGGUCGAACCGGGAGUCCCCGAUCCUCCAGUGAAAGCGUGCAAAUAUCAAAUCAGCCAUCUCAGGGAGUUGCUCGGGCUUUUUCCCGAACUGCUCAAGAAGAAGGAAAUCGCACCUUGAGAUGAUAAAUCUAGACUCGGAAUUGAUAAUACAUACCGGACGAGAACCGAAUAACCCCAAUGCGACCGCUUGCCUCGCUCACAAAAGAAAGAUAUUGCUAAAACGCUAUAAUCAAUACCAACAUCAGAGGCUCAUAAAUCUCAUGACAUCAUUGCAACACGUCUUCAAGCGACGGCCAGUUGUCGCCUUCGCCCGGAGAGGUCGCUAGGACAGAACUUCCAAGCGCCGGCAUGUUUUCUGAAAUGCCAUUUUCGAACAAGGGCCUCGAUGAUCCAGGGACCUCCCGGAAAGUCCCCCUUGACGCCAUCGAUGGUAAAAGUCCUGUCCUGGCAGCCCAGGAACCAGGGCGCAUCAUCAUAUAGGUCUAGGUCCUUGGUAGCUAGACGCUCGGCACGUUUCCAGAUCUUCAUAAGGGCACGAGAAUCGAGCACAUACAGACUGACUAUGGUAGCGAUCUCGUCAUGCAAGUGCUGGAUGAGAUCCGGAGCGAACGACUCGAGAAUGUGGCGAAAGGUAGGGCCACGAUAUUCGGACGGCUUGGUUAUGGCGAGGUAAUUCUGGAAAAUGGCCAGACCCUCGGUAAAGGAUUCAUGGCCUUUUGAGUUUUCCUCCACGGCUCCAGGUCGGCCUUGCAGUUUGUGGAUCUGCGGGAAUAGAUAAUGGUCCUCGACUCGAUGAUGUUGGUCAAGAGUUUUGCAGAGCUGUCGGUUGAAGAGGAGAAAAUCGCUGGCUUCUUGUGUAUUAGGCUGGACAUACACGGCAUGGUUCCAAGAAGCGUUCAAGGCUCGAAUGAUGGUAUUGUGCAUCUGCGCCAUUUGCCGAGCGCACCAAAGAGCACUGUGGUUUUUCGGCACUGACGCCGGUACUGUCUCUGGGUGGAUUGUGGUUAUGAGCGGGUAGUGGUCAUCAACGAAGCGAGACACGGUCUGGAAGCCCAUGCACAGAAUGGACGUGGCAGUGGUCGUUGCGGAUGACUUGGAGGAGGCAGAAAGCGAAGAACCUUCGGAUCGGACGGACCGCAGAGAAUGGAUUGGAGAACUGCGCUCCAUGCUGGCUUGGUAGGCAUGUCGUUCUGCUUCAGAGAGGUACAAGAGGUGCGAGUAUCUCGUCUGCAGACCUGGUCUCGACUGCGGCCGUGCCGUUGGUAAUGUGUUGGGUGCAGUAGGCUCCACGAUGACCGGUACGGCUGUCAUGCUUGGGGGUUUGCCUUUGAUGGAGGAAAUAAAUUCUUAUGCUCAGUGGCUGGCGUCUUCUCAUUUCGAGGAACGUCCAGGCAAUGGCAAUAAUGAUAUGCAGUUGAGAGAAUCUGGGCGGAUUUAUGUAGAUUGAGCUGAUUCGGCACGGCCCCAUGCCAUGUUUGCCUUUACUGUUAUCAUUUUAACUCUCCAGGUCCACCGCCGGCCUCCAUGUCCCCCAAGCUUGAAGCUACGGCGACCGGGUGCCAGCAGCAUGGACCCUGCCUGUUUUCCCUCUGGAAACUGAACCUUCUAGUAGCCGUCUCAAAGCGAGCGAGGUACUGCCCACAAAAGUGCUCGUGGACA